GUUUGUUGACUUCCGUGAACGCGCUCGACGCCGAUGCCCAGAGUGUCGCUAUGGGGGCCUGGGGGGGGGCUCAUUCGCCCGCGACGGGCCUAAGGCGCUGCUCUAGGCCCCAUCGAUUGGCCUCUGCCGCCUUCCCGGCUCCGGGGCAGGCUUUCCGUACCGCCCGCGGCAUGGGGGAGCCUGAGGAGCUGGUGCCCGAUUCGGGUGCUGUUUUUACAUUUGGAAAAACUAAAUUAGCAGAAAACAUUCCCAGCAAGUUCUGGUUUAAAAAUGAUAUACCUAUGUAUCUUUCAUGUGGUGAUGAGCACUCUGCUCUUGUUACAGGAAAUAAUAAACUUUACAUGUUUGGCAGUAACAACUGGGGCCAGUUAGGAUUAGGAUCGAAGUUAACUAUGUGCAAACCAACAUGUGUCAAAGCUUUAAAACCUGAAAAGGUGAAAUUUGCUGCCUGUGGAAGGAACCAUACCCUAAUUUCAACAGAAGGAGGCAAUGUGUAUGCAGCUGGAGGGAAUAAUGAAGGACAAUUGGGUCUUGGUGACACUGAAGAGAGAAACAGUUUUCAACUCAUUAGCUUUUUUACAUCCCAGCAUAAGAUCAAACAGCUCUCUGCUGGAUCUAGCACGUCAGCUGCACUAACUGAGGAUGGAGAACUUUUCAUGUGGGGCGACAAUUCUGAAGGGCAAAUUGGUUUACAAAAUGUAACAAACGUGUGUGUGCCUCAUCAAGUGAGCAUUGGGAAAUCCAUCUCUUGGAUCUCUUGUGGAUAUUACCAUUCAGCCUUUGUAACAACAGAGGGUGAACUCUACACCUUUGGAGAACCUGAGUGUGGGAAGUUAGGGCUUCCUGCGGAGCAGCUGACCAAUCACAGAAUGCCCCAGCUGGUGCCUGGAAUUUCCGGGAAGGUGAUCCAAGUAGCUUGUGGUGGAGGACACACUGUAGUUCUCACAGAGAAAGCAGUGUAUGCAUUUGGACUGGGACAGUUUGGUCAGUUGGGUCUUGGCACUUUUGUUUUUGAAACAUCAGAACCCAAAGUCAUUGAGCAUGUUAAGGAUCAGAGAAUAUAUCAUAUUUCAUGUGGCGAAAAUCACACAGCUUUGAUAACAGAUAUGGGCCUUAUGUAUACUUUUGGAGAUGGUCGACAUGGAAAAUUAGGACUUGGACUGGAAAAUUUUACCAAUCAGUUCACUCCUGCUUUUUGCUCUAAUUUUUUGAAGUUCACUGUUCAGUUGGUUGCUUGCGGUGGAUGCCACAUGCUAGUUUUUGCCACUCCACGACUCAGUAUGCCAGAAGAAAUUGAUUUAGUUGAACUAAAUGAUCCUUGUUUAUCUGCAGCAGCUACUUUGCCCAUCAGCGAUUUGACCUCAGAAAUUGCACUGCAUAGAACUUCGUCAGCACGUGUUCGUCGAAGAGAGAGGGAGAAAUCCCCAGAGUGUCUUCGAAUGACACGAAUACUACCUCCAAUAGAAGGGACUCCUGUACCACCUGUUCAUUUUUCCCCCAGUUUAGUCCCUAACCGUUUGUCUACAAUUAACUUGCCAGAGAGAGCCUUAUUUGGAAAGGAUGGCCCCGUGCAGCCAAUGGAGCCAGAUUAUUUCCAAGAUGAAAUGACUAAAGAGAAAGAAACAGACACUUCUUCAGCAACAGAUUCAGAAAGCCUUGGAGAAACUACUGAUGUUUUAAAUAUGACACACAUGAUGAGCCUGAAUUCCAAUGACAAGUCAUUAAAAUUAUCACCAAUUCAAAAACAAAAGAAACAAGAAACAAUUGAGACACUGAAGAAACCUGCAGCUUGUACUGAAAAUGAUGACAGUAAUGAAUAUGAAUAUAAAGAGAUGAUAGAAAUGAAAGACAGGAAAAUAUGUAAACAACUUUUUGAACAAGAGAUGUUCAUGAAACAAGCAGCAGUGACUGUGGAAGCAUUUUCAGAUGAGGACCUAGGUACUGACUCAGGCCAGGCUGGGCCUCAGGCCAGCAUUGAUGAAGAGGGCUUGCAAACACACCUACUUAUACAUGAGAAUAACCUUGGUAUUUAUCAACUUGAUGAUAAGGAAAUAGGCAAGGAAAGCGAUGAAGGGCACAGUCCCAGGGAUUCCGAAGCAGAAGAAAUAGUCUCUGAGAAGGAAACCAUGCUGGCAUAUAUGACAGGUCUGAACAAUAUAAGACAAACUGAAGAGACUAUAGAAAAUUUUAAUACAUUUUUUGAUGACUUGCCAAAUAGAGACAUGAGUAUUGAGGAUGAAGAAUAUAUAGAUUUUGUUCAGCAAACUAUAAGUCACAAGCAAAAUAUGAUCUUUGACAGUGAAAGAGAAUCUUUAGAGGAGCCAGACAGUUACAUGGAAGGUGAAAGUGAAAGUCAGCAAGGUACAGCUGAUGGACUUGAGCAGCCUGAAUCAGUAGAAUUUAGUAAUGGAGAGAGAGAGGAUGAUGAAGUGGAACAUGACCACAGCCUGUGGUAUAGCAGAAAAUUUGUUGAGCAAGGAAACGAGGAAGAGAUUGAACACAGAAUAUCAAAAUUCAUGGCAAGAUAUGAAUUUAAAGUUGACCAAUUGUCAGAGAUCCCAGAGGAACAGGAAGGAGCAGAGGAUUCAGAAGGAAGUGGAAUAGAGCAAGAGAUAGAGGCACAUAAGGAAGAUAUGGAGGUGAAUGAAGGAAGAAAGGAGAGAGAGGAGGAGGAGGCAGAUAUCCUGUCAGAUGACCUUACAGACAGAGCAGAGGAUUGCAAAUUUUCAGAAAAUGAAGAAAUAGAACCGGAAGACGUGGAUGAGGAAAUUGAUGAAAUUCUAGAAGGCGAAAAGAAAACUAUGAAAGAUGAUGAAAAUGUUCCAGCAGAUCUAAAUGAAACAUCAGAUGAACAAAGUGAAACAGAAGGGACAGAAAGAACCAGUUAUGAUACGAUUAAGACCACUGAAAAGGAAGAAAAAGCCAACCUAGAGCAACAGGCCAUUCAUGAAUACAAUGAAAAUCCAAAAGGAAACGUGCAUUAUGGUACAAACAGCAGUUCUUCAGAAGUCCAGGAAGCUAAUGAACCAAUACCAAGUAAAGACUUAAAGAAACUAAAGAAAGUUUCUCUUUUUAAAAGGAUGUCAUUGAUGAGUCACAAAACUGUGCAGAAUAGUGAGCUACUUCCAGAGAUAAAGCCAAUAGGAGAGCAAAUCAUUUUUAAAAGAAAUGAGAAAGAUGCAAACCAGAACCACGUGGGGCAAAAUAAUAAGAAUACUUCACCAGCAAAUAUGGAAAGAAGGUCAAAAACUUGUACAGUACUCUAAGUACAUAUUUAUGUUUUCAUGGUCACCAAGCACAUUGUAAUUUAUACUUGAAAAAAUAUUUAACUGCUGAAGGAAAGUUUCUGAAACAAACUUUUAAAGAUAUAAGUUAAUAAUAUGUUUUAUUUGGUUUGAACAGUAAGACCAGGUUUGGUAUUUAUUUAUGGAAAUAUUUUUAAUAAGGAACUUCAAAAUAUGUGUAUCUCAUGCUCUCCUUCAAGUGUUUUGGCCUUAACUGUUCAGUGUUGCAAUAAAAAUUAUAUUUUUAUAUGUGAAAAUUCAAUUCAGACAUUUCAUAGUUUUACUAAAAAAUUUUACUUCUUUAUAAUUUCACAAGGCAGUCUUUGCAAUGUCAUGGCACUGUAACAGUUUUUAAUGUAUUUGUAAUUUUUAAAAACUGAGGCACAAUUGUAUUUAAUGAGCAUAUUUUAAUAAACUAUAUCUGGUCACUUCUGUUAAUUGGAUGAGUAUGAAUAAAAUUUGGAGGUACUUGGAGUUAUCAAUUGACAAAAUUAGGACAGAAAAAUCUGUCUAAAUUUAAAAUAUUGACACAAGCCAA